GCUGCCCUCUACCGAUCACUUAAAAGUUUCGCACGUUUCCUUGUCACUGAAAUAACUUAGAAAAACGUUUUGCUAAGUUUUGCCAAACUGUAAAGAAAGAGUGUCCAGAUAUACAAUGAACGUACGUUUAAACGUCACGGUCUUGUAUAUACAAGCUCUUUCAUGCUUGUUCCAGCUAUGUCUUCAGGACAAACACUUCACCUCUGUAAGUGAUUUCACACACUGACGCUGGUGGGAGGAUUCAACACUCACUGACUGGGGACUAAACGGGACUCUACAAGAGUACUUUGCACCGCUCAGACCCGGGACACCUCUCUACAAUGAUUUUAGUUAAAUUCGUGUGCGCGAUCAUAACCAGGUCGUUAUUUAUUCUGGUCUCUCUCAUCGGCGUCUGGAGAGUGAAAACAGUGAAAAAUGACAACAUGUACUGGUUACUGACUGUCCUUUACCUUCCUCUGGUCGUGGAGAUGGUCAUCACUUUAAAACGAAGGAAAGGUAAAGACUACAAAUGGUUUUCUCCAGCCAUCCUCUUCUUCCUCAUCAGCAUUAUUCCAUCCAUAUGGCUUCUGGAGUUACAUCAUCAAGAGAACAAAGCCAGAGACCCUCAGUGCAGGAAACUGGACUCUUGGGAAAAUGUCAAAAGCAUAUUGCCUACAAAUGGCACAAUGGGCGAGGAAACACUAAAGCAUUUGGAGCGCACGCUCACUUCAGUGUGUCCGAAUGACUGGAUCCUUGGUCUUCAUCAGGUUUUGCUCAUUCUUCUCAUUCUCGGAAAGUGGCUCCUUCCAUUAGGAGGAGGAGUGACGCGUGACGAACUAUCACAGCUUUUACUUAUCUUUGUUGGCACGGCGGCAGACAUACUGGAAUUCACCAGUGAAACACUUUCUGAUGUCAAGGAGAACAACUAUAAACUGGUGUAUGUAAUCUUGGCAGUGUGGACAUGGAGUAUGUUGCAGUUUCCUUUUCACCUGGCAGUUGUGACGUCCCGGCCGCAGAACUCAGAUGAGCCGAAGGCUGGAGACAGCUGUUGUAACUUGAUAUUGUCAAGACAUAGUACAGAUAUUUGGAACAUCGUGGAGAGUUUGUUUAUCCAGGACGGGCCCUUUCUCAUGGUACGUCUCAUUGUGAUGAUACACUUUGAUGUGUUCCACCAGAUGUUGGUCUUCUUCGCUAUUAAGAACUUUCUAGUGGUCGUCCUCAAUCUCUACAGGCUCAUAGUUAUUUGUCAAGAUUUUAAAACACCAUCAUCAUCACCACCAUCUGCUUCUUCCCCAAUAUGAAGGAAGCAAAGGAAAUAAGAUUAAAGUGAAAAUUUAGCUUCUUCAGUACAAAUACACUCCAUUAACUGUGACAGAUGGUUUAAUUCAAACUUGGAUCUGGGGACCCCCCAGGGGGAUUCAAGAGAGUCCUAGCCAGUGUUAUUUUAGUGUCAUUGACAUUCUAUUAGAAUAUUUCUUCAUAUUUUUCUUCAUAUAUACAUUAUAAAUGUAUAGCUACAUUUUUAAUUUUAGGAUGGGGGGUCCUAGCACCAAGAUGAUUAUAUUUGGGGGGUCAGUGGCAUCUAAAAAAUUGAAAGCCUCUGGCUUGUACUGCUUAAAAAACAUUUAUGGGUGACAAAAGUUUUAGAAAUGUAUUCUGAAUGUUUGAAUAUGUAAUGUACAAACAAACUAGGACCAAUAGUAGAUGUUUUAUUAUAGCAUUCAUUAUGUGGUUCCUAAUUUUAUAUAUGAAUUUUAAUAGCUUUUUUUAAUGUUUUACAAUGCUUGAAUGUCAGACAGUGUUAUGAAGCAAAAACA